GUCUGUCUCCCUCCAGUCUUGCACAGGUGUAGCGGCUCCUCCCCUUCAGUCUUGCACAGGUAUCCGGCUCCUCCCCUUCAAUCUUGCACAGGUGUAGCGGCUCCUCCCCUUCAGUCUUGCACAGGCGUACCGGCUCCUCCCCUUCAGUCUUGCACAGGUGUACCGGCUCCUCCCCUCCAGUCUUGCACAGGUGUACGGGCUCCUCCCCUUCAGUCUUGCACAGGUGUACGGGCUCCUCCCCUUCAGUCUUGCACAGGUGUACCGGCUCCUCCCCUUCAAUCUUGCACAGGUGUACCGGCUCCUCCCCUUCAGUCUUGCACAGGCGUACCGGCUCCUCCCUUUCAGUCUUGCACAGGUGUACCGGCUCCUCCCCUUCAGUCUUGCAGUUGUCCAGGCUCCUCCCCUUCAAUCUUGCACAGGUGUACCGGCUCCUCCCCU